AUCGUAGAAUCUUUUCGUGUUGUGAUUAUGAAUGCUGGAUUGCGAUUCUGAGCUAAUUUGACUAUUUCGAACAGUUUUAUGAUUUGAUCUUGUAACAUUUUGCUAUUUGAUCUAAUGCUCGAUCUGAUCACCGUUGUGUACGAACAUUGCGUAGACUUUGUUAAAGUUUGGAUUCUCAGAUUUUUGAGGUAUUCAAGAAAACAUGGAAUCCAGCAGUAACCAUGGAGGGAUCAAGCUACUGCUAGCUGCUGAACACGAAGCUCAGCAAAUCGUCAAUGCCGCUAGGACUGCAAAAAUGGCAAGGCUGAAGCAAGCCAAGGAAGAGGCUGAGACAGAGGUUGCUGAGCACAAAGCCAGCACUGAGCAUGGUUUCCAGAGGAAACUCGAAGAGACCAGUGGAGAUUCAGGUGCAAACGUGACGAGGCUAGAGCAGGAGACUGAUGCCAAGAUCGAGCAGUUGAAGAACGAAGCUUCCAGGAUUUCCAGAGAUGUUGUGGACAUGCUUCUCAAACAUGUCACCACCGUGAAGAACUGAGAUAUAUCAUAACCAAACCAUCGAUUGCAAAAUGGUGUCAAGUGUUCUUUUGUGUGCAUUCAUUCAUUCGUUUCUUUCAAAUGUUUUUUUGGGUUCGGGGAUUGAACUCUUGCUAUUGGUCUCUCCAGAAGACUUAUAUGACUUUUGUGUUUUGUAAUAAAAGGAACCCAUUGGAUU